AAGUCCAACUACUAAUAAAUUCCGUUUAAAUGAAAUAAUCACUAUAAAUACUCUCCCUCAAUGAACAUCACAAAAAGCAAAGACAACAAGCCUCCAUAGUAUAUAGCAAGUUAAGCAAAAUCCCAAGCUAGGUUUUGCUUUAAUUUUCCAUUUCUCAUAUUUGAUUGAAUCACCAUGGCCUCUACCAUUAUUAGCUUGUGGAGUUUGGUAGCUGCUAUCCUUGCAUUUGCUCUCGCAGUGCAAGGAACUUUAGAAUGCGAGAAGCUGAACCAUGAGACAUGUGCGUUUGCGGUGUCAUCGGCCGGAAAACGAUGUGUGCUAGAGAAGGAGGUGAAGAGGUCAGGGAUGGAAGCAUACACAUGCAAGACAUCAGAGAUUGAAGCUGAUGAGAAGCUGAAGGAUCACAUUGAGAGUGAGGAAUGCAUCAAGUCAUGUGGUUUGGACAGAAAGUCCUUUGGAAUCUCAUCAGAUUCUCUUUUGGAAUCUCGCUUCACACAAAACCUUUGCUCACCUCAUUGCUACCAAGCAUGCCCUAAUGUUGUUGACCUAUACUUCAAUCUUGCUGCUGGUGAAGGAGUGUUUCUUCCCAAGUUGUGUGAAGUAGAAGGUGGAAAUGCACGGAGAGGAAUGGCUGAGAUCAAAAGCUCUGGUAUUGUGGCACCUGCACCUGAUGUUCGUUCAGUGAAGUUCACAGCUGCUGCUCCUCCUCAACCUUUUAAUGCUCUCGAGUUCACUGCUGAACCUGUGGCUUCCCCAGCAUACCCUCCAUACUAAGGAAAAAACAUAUUUGAUGCAUGAUAUAUAAUUAGAAUAUAUAAAUAUAGAUGUUUAUUUUGUAAUAAGAAAGUUGCACCAUUAUUAUUAUUAUAGCAACCUUUUAGGUUUGAAUUGGAGUGUAUCAUUAAUGAUAGAGUUUAAUUUGUUCUAAAAUAUGUAUUGGAAAAAAGGUGUGCCUUUCAUCA